CCGGCACGGCAAGCGGCGAGUGAGGGGCAGAGUUGAUUGCGUACCGCUUUCCGGCACGCGAUGAGGGGAAUGCCGACCUUGCGGUUCGACUGCCGCGAACGACGUUGCUUUACCCCGACUCUCGCCAGAUGCACGGAUGGACCUCUUGCGGGGGAGACGCACUUCCCCUCCCCUCAAUUGGAGUAGAAUAGCGAGGCAGCAGGCAGACUGCCGGAUUCAUAUACACGAGACGGCCGUUGCUUCCCCCCUAUGUAAAAUGCCGGGAUUCCCGUCCACGCCGUCCAACACCCUGUUCAGGGCCGUGUAUCAUCAUCGAACGCGCUCAGCCCUAGCGUUGUACAGUAACUACACCUGGCACCAUCUCCCAAUCAUCUCUAACCUCAGUUUCACCCAAGGCGAAGGCAGCCAUGGCGGCACAGUCCAGCGAGGACCAAAAGGCGGACGUCGCUACCGCGCACCACCACGACGCCGCCGACGGAGCGGGCAGCAAGCCGCAGGCUGUCGUCCACCACAGGCUGGCCGUCGUGCCGAUCGAGGAUGAGGCCCGGCAGGGAGCCGUGCACGUCAGCCUGGGCUGGAGGUCGUGGCUCGUCGUCUUCGUCACCUGCUUCGCUAUCAUGGCGCAGGUCUUCGUCGUCGUGGCGGCGGGGUCGGUGAUCGCCUUCAUCGUGCGCGACGUGGGCGACGCGGCGCUGGCGGGCUGGAUCAUCCAGGGGCCGCUGCUGAUGCAGUCGGUGCUGUCGCCGAUCGUGGGGCGGCUGUCGGACGCCGUCGGCCGCAAGCUCGUGGCCGCGCUGCCGCCGCUCGUGGCCUUUGCCGGCGCCGUCGUGUCGGCCCGCGCCACCAACAUGCACAUGCUCAUCGGCGGCGGGAUACUGAUUGGAACCACCCUGUCGACCAUCUCCAUCGUCCAGGCCAUCCCCUCGGAGAUCCUGCCGCUCAAGUACCGCGCCCUAGCCAAUGGGUUCGCCUUUGUCGGCGGCUGCGUUGGCGGCAUUCCUUCUCUUGCUUUGCUAGUUAGUCCUAACUCUGGGCGAAACAGAGUCGGCACCAUGGGCGCCGGCGCCGUCACCAACGCCGAUGCCGGCGGCUGGCGGUACAUCUUCUGGAUGCAGGCCGCGUUCCACCUCGCCACGUCGCUGGGCCUGUUCCUGUUCUACUGGCCCCCCGCCGCCGCCGUGUCGGAGCGCCCCCGGCUGUCGGCGCGCGACAUCGCCUGGGCCGUCGACCCCGUCGGCUCGCUGCUCUUCAUCGCCAGCGCCACCCUCAUGCUGCUGGCCCUCGACUGGGCCGCCGGCGCGUACCCGUGGUCCGACGCCCACGUCGUGGCGCCGCUGGCCGUCGGGCUCGUGCUGUUUGUCGCCUUUGGGCUGUACGAAUGGAAAGGCCGCGACGACGGGCUGGUGGCGCACGUCUUCUUCGCCCGCGACGCCAACUUCGCGCUGUCCGUCUUCGCCUUCGCCGUCGAGGGCUGGAUCUUCUACAGCGCCGUCAACUCCAUCACGCCGCAGCUGGUGCUGAACCUCGGCUUCGAGACCAGCGCCUGGAAGAUCAGCGUCCGCCAGCUGUCGUACGGCCUCACUAGCCUGCUCUUCUCGCUCGUCGUCACCUGGUACUCGACCCGCUUCCGCGACCUCAAGACGCCGCUGCUCGUCACGUGGGCGCUGUUUCUCAUCGUAGCCAUCUGCUACGCGGCGUUCCAGCCCGGGUGGGACCACGUGCAGAUCGGGCUCAACGUGAUCGGGGGCAUCGGGCAGGCGGGCCCGCUGACGCUGCUGGUGGCGUGCGUGCAGUUCACGGCGCCGCACGCGUUCCUGUCGACGGCGACGGGGCUGGCCUUCUCGGCGCGCGCCAUCGGGGGCGCCUUUGGCUCCGCCGUGCUCGACGCCAUCAUCAGCGGCCGCCUGGCCGCCCACUACGCGCCCGCCGUCGGCGCUGCUGCCACGGCCGCGGGCCUGCCCCCCGACAGCGUGCCCGCGCUGCUGGCGGCGCUCGCGGCGGGCGGGGAUGGGGACGGUGUUGCGGGCGCGUCGCCGGCUGCGUGGGCCGCGGCCGUGGCCGAGAGCAGGGUCCAGUACAACGAGGCGUACCGCCUCGCGUGGGCGUCCAUCAUCCCGUUUGUUUUUCUUGCGACCGUCGCCGUGGCCUGUCUGCGCGGCGUCGGCGAGCUGAUGACGGAGAAGGUCGAGGCCACCGUCGAGCGCCUUGGUGAGGGAGAGGGGGAGAAGUUGGCGGCGUGAUGGUGAUCUCACGUAUUAUGUGGUUGGUUGACCAGUGUAUUUUCUUGUGUUAUCGGACGAGAUCUCGGCUAUAAAGUGCAG